AUGUAAAAUGAAAAAGAAAAUUAAUACCAAUUAAACAUAUUAACGUUGUUGGGAUGCAACGAACCUGAAUAUAAUUAAUAAGCGAGAAAUAAGUUGAACUCUAAUUAAAUAACCAAUAUAGUUGAAAACUUAGUUAAGCAUUUAAGAAUCCAAUACAAAGCUUUCAUAUAAUAUGAGGAGAUAGAUGAUUAAGUUUUUUUAAUAACAUUUCCAUUAGAAGUGCAUAAUUCUUUAUGUACAUUAUAAUUUGAAAUUAAAUUAAAUUUCCCAGAACUCAAUACAUAGUUUCUAAUAUUCUUGAUAGGCUAAGAUGGAAGGAUUUUGGUUAAAGAAAAAGUAUAUUCUAUUAUUAUAAUUUAAUAGAAUAUUAGAUUAUAAUUAUCCAGAUAUAUGCUUAGAUUGAAUAGUGGGUUUAGAGUUGGAAGUUUUUUCAUUAAUCCUAUACACGGAUAUGUAGGUUUAAAAUUAUAGUGUUAAACUGAGAUUGCAGAUUUGAUUUAUACAGAUUAAAUUAAAUUCGAUGAAUUCAUCAAAUAUGUGGAUAGUUUAAUCACUACAGGACUGCAUUCUUUAAGAUUUCAUUAUAUUAGAAUAUUAAUUUUAAUAAAUCAUAUUAAAAUAACAGAUUUGAAAAUAUUUGAAUAAUAUAUGGAUCAUAAUAGAUAUGCUGAAAAUGAAAAUAAAAUGUGGAGAAAAUUACCACCUGAAAUAAUCAAUAUUUUGUAGAGAAUCAAAAAUACACUUCAAAAGUAUAUGAUUAUAUUAUCUAAGAAAUUUGAAUCAGCAUUUUGAUUAAAAAGAAUAUGAAUCAUAUGGACCAAUUAUAUAAAAAUAAGUACUAACUGAUAGCAAAAUCAUAAAUCAAAUAUAACCUGUAUCUGAAAAUGAAUUAUCAAUUGAUAAAAAUUAAGAAAUAAAUUCAGGAGGAUUUGGUACUAUUUUUGGAAAAGAUAUCUCAUAUAUUAUGGAAAAUGAUAAAGAUUAGAAAAAAAUUAAAAAACAUUUAGCAAUAAAAAUUGACUCAAAAAAAAAUGAAUAAAAAGUUUAAAAAGAAUUAAAAAUUCUUAGUUUUCUAUCAUAAGAACAAAUAUUACAUUAUAAAAAUAGCUAAAGAGUUGAAUUAAAAUAUUUUAAAUUUUCAGGAACAUGUCCAUAUAUAACUUAAUUUUAUAAUGUUUAAGAAAGAACUGAUAUUCUAUUGAUGGAAAGAUAUUACCAUUCAUCAUUGAAUAAUUUUUUAAAAAAACAAGAAGAAUCAAUAAGUCUUUCAACAAAGCUUUUUAUAGCACAUAGUAUAGCAAUGGGAUUAAGAUAUUGUCAUUAUUAUGGGAUUAUUCAUAUGGAUAUAAAACCAUCUAAUAUUCUUAUAUCUAGAUCUUUAUUAGCCAAAAUUACUGAUUUUGGAGAAGCUGUUAAUAAAAAUAUGGAAUAAAAAAAUUACUCUAUAGGACGAACUAUGCCUUAUUGUGCUCCGGAAAUUAUGAGGCCUUUCAAUAUUAAUAAUAUUACACCUGCAUAUGAUAUUUUUUCAUUUGGUGUGAUAUUAUUUGAAUUGAUUUUCGAACGCAAUCCAUUUGUAAAAAUUAAAAACUAUUUAAUAGAAUUUUUAAAAUUAGAAUCAGAAGAUUUUAGAAGAAAAAUACUUAAAAUAGAGCUACACUAUAAAAUAUGAUGAAGAAUAUGAUAAAACAUUAGGGCCUCAAAAAUUGAUGAAAUAUUUAGGGAGAUUAUGUCUAGCUUGUUUACAACCAGACCCAAAAAUUAGACCUAAUAUUGAUAAAAUAAUUCUAAUUUUGAAAGACAGUCUUUCAUACUUAGAUAGAAUGUACUGA